AUGUACCUGGAAUUUGAGUUUAAGAAGUUGGUCCGGCUCUCAAGAAGCACGUGUGGAGCCCUGGUCGAGGAGUUCGAGGAGUCGAGCUACUACCCAGAAGAUAUGCUGUUCAUCGAUGUGUUCAUCGGAAUUCCCGGGAGCGCCCACGAUGCUCGUGUUCUCCGGGACAGCUUCGUGUACGACGAAGCACCGGCCAAUUGCGAAGGGAAGCCUGCCAAUUUCAUGGACGAUGGAAAUCCGGACUGGGCACCGAGUCUGCAGCUGGGCCACGGCCGUUAUGACCACACUACUAUGCAAAAAGAGGAAAUGGAAAUGUUGGAAGCGUCCUUGCGUGAAGACCCCAACAAAGUGUCAUUCUACACAGGUCUUCCAAAUUUUGUAGUUUUAAUGGCUGUGUUCUACCUCCUAGAGAAGUUUGUUAAACACACACCACAAAACUCAUUGGUAAAGUUUCAAGAAUUUCUAGUGUUCUUAAUGAAGCUUAAGUUGAACCUGCCAUUCCAAGACCUUGCUUACCCCUUUAAUAUAUCAGAAUCGACCGUAUGCCGGAUAUUUGACAAAUGGCUACACGUUGCAUUUUGCCGACUGAAGCCUCUGAUGUCAUGGCCCUCAAGGCAAGCAAUAAGGAGGACAAUGCCUCAAGCCUUUUUUGAAUCAUUCGGAGAAAAGGUAGCGGUCAUAGUCGACUGCUUUGAGAUCAAGCUUGAAUGGCCGUCAUCCCUGCAACCAAGAUGUCAGACUUGGUCCCAGUACAAAUCUAGCAAUACAGCCAAGUACCUGAUAGGAUUAUGUCCUCAGGAAGUGAUCACCUUUAUUUCCAAUGGUUGGGGAGGCAGGACCCCUGACAAACAUAUUACUCAACACUGCGGCAUUCUUGACCAUUUAUCUCAUGGUGAUGUGGUAUUGGCCGACAGAGGCUUUGAUAUUGCCGACAGUGUAGGCUUGUACUGUGCAAAGCUUCACAUACCUGCAUUCACCAAAGGCAAAAGACAAUUGUCAGCAGUGGAUGUCGUGGCAACGAGAAAUAUUGCAAAUGUCAGAAUUCAUGUUGAGAGGGUGAUCGGCUUGGUUCGUAAUAAGUAUGUCAUAAUGAAAUCCGUUCUGUCACUAGAGUAUGCGACUCUCAAACAGGGACACCAGUUCACACCUCUAGAUAAAAUCGUCAACGUUUGCUGUGCACUGACAAAUUUCUGUCAAUCUGUUGUUCCUGCAAAUCCACAGCCAUGUAGCUAAGCUUGCCGAGUAUGCGUGGUAUUUGGAAAAGGCUAUUCUUGCACGAUAAUGUGAAAGAGAAUAGUCUAGAGGGAUUUGAACUCCUACAAGUAACGCCGGAAAAAGUAAAGAGCGCCUUGGAAGCUAUGCAAAGGGGAAGGCAGCUGGGGAGGAUCAGGUAACAGCAGAUUUGUUGAAGGAUGGUGGGCACAUUGUUCUAGAAAAACUGGCCACCCUGUGUACACAAUGCCUCAUGACCUCGAGCGUACCGGAAUCUUGGAAUAACAUAAUCCUAAUCCAUAAGAAAGGGGACACCAAAGACUUGAAAAAUUGUAGACCGAUCAGCUUACUGUCCGUUACCAGGCAGGAUUCUGAAAGGCUACUCAAUAGACCAUAUUCACACUAUCAAUCAGGUGAUAGAGAAAUGUGCGGAAGAUAACCAACCCUUAUAUAUAGCUUUCAUUGAUUACGAGAAAGCGUUUGAUUCAGUCGAAACCUCAGCAGUCAUGCAGACAUUACGGACUCGGGGCAUAGACGAGCUGUAUGUAAAAAUACUGAAAGAGAUAUAUAGCGGCUCCACAGCCACCGUAGUCCUCCAUAAAGAAAGCAACAAAAUUCCAAUAAAGAAAGGCAUAAGGCAAGGAGAUACGAUCUCUCCAAUGCUAUUCACAGCGUGUUUACAGGAGGUCUUUGGAGACCUGGAUUGGUAAAAAUUGGGGAUAAGAGUUAAUGGAGAAUACCUCAGUAACUUGCGGUUCGCUGAUGAUAUUGCCUUGCUUAGUAACCCAGGGGACCAAUUGCAAUGUAUGCUCACUGACCUGGAGAGGCAAAGCAGAAGAGUGGGUCUAAAAAUUAAUCUGCAGAAAACUGAAGUAAUGUUUAACAGUCUCGGAAGAGAACAGUAAUUUACAAUACGUAGCGAGGCACUGGAAGUGGUAAGGGAAUACACCUACUUAGGGCAGGUAGUGACGGCGGAUCCGGAUCAUGAGACUGAAAUAAUCAGAAGAAUAAGAAUGGGCUGGGGUGCGUUUGGCAGGCAUUCUAAAAUUAUGAACAGCACGUUGCCAUUAUUCCUCAAGAGAAAAGUGUAUAAUUGCUGUGUCUUACCAGUAUUCACCUACGGGGCAGAAACCUGGAGGCUUACGAAAAGGGUUUUACUUAA